UCUUCUUGAUUUCUUCUUCUCUGUUGUAUAAACCCUUCACCUCUAAGUUUUCCCAAAAAUAUCUUUUGAGGAACUUUUGUAUAAUAAAACCCUAAAUCAUAUCAGAAUUUUUAGAAACUGAUAGUGAGAUAGUGAAUUAGGAAACUCAAAUUCACAAAAAAAAAAAAAAAAAAAAACCGAAAUCAAUUAAGAAAACCAGUACUUGGAUUGAAGAUCAAAUUACGUGAAUGAAUCAAGGUGGUGACAGCAAAAAGCGUAGACGCAAUGGAUCAGAACCUGUUGCAGAAACCAUAGCGAAGUAUGAACAAGAACUUAAAGAAGCAUACAGGAAACCAGCUAAAGGAUCGAAGAAAGGAUGUAUGAAAGGUAAAGGAGGACCUGAGAAUUCCAAAUGCAAGUAUAGAGGUGUUAGACAGAGGACAUGGGGAAAGUGGGUUACUGAAAUUAGGCAACCUAAUAGAGGGCGCAGGCUUUGGUUAGGUACUUUUGAUACUGCAAUUGAAGCUGCUUUAGCUUACGAUGAUGCUUCCAGAAGAAUGUAUGGGAAAUAUGCUACUCUUAACUUCCCUGAUGGAUUACCAUUCUCCGAUUCGAUUUCCUAUUCUAGUUAUUCUAGUGGUUCUUCUGAUGUAUCUGAAGUGUGUGUUGAGGAAUCAAAAAUUGAGGUGCCUAAAAGAGAACCAGUUGAAUGCGAUGGUGAAUCGGAGAAUAAGAGGCCUCGAAAAUUGAAAGUUAAACUUGAAGAGCCAACAAUUGACUCCUGUAUCAGUACUCCUAUUGUUAAAGCAGAAUUACCAUUACCUACAAUUGUUGAGUCUGGAGUCAGGGAUUGGAAUCCUUCUAACAAUGUAGCGGAAAUGCCCAUCGAUUGCAAGCCUGGUAUCUGGAGUUAUCCCCCAGCAGAAGCACCCGUGUUUCCUGAGGUUGGAUUCGAUAGUUGUCCUUCUUCAGGCAUCGCAGUGGAAAGGUCGAUGACAAGUAAUGAUGCUGGAAUGGAUCAUUGUUCUUAUUCAAGUAAAACAGGUAUCCCACCUGCCUCAGAGGCCAAUGGUGGUGUCGGAGCAAAUAAUUGUUUUUCAUCUGCCAAUGUUGAGGUCAUGCCACCUUUCUCAGUGCCCAAGGAGGAAGAUGAGCUGGAUGGAUUUUAUAUGAAUACAGAUGAAUUCGGUUGGCUGGGGCUCUUUGCAGAUGAUGUACAGAAUUACCCCAAUGAUGAAUAUUUCAAUGUGGACGAUCUUCUGUCUGAAAUCGAUACAUCAGCACCUACAGAAGUUGAGAAAAUCCAGGAACCAAACAAUAACAAUCAAGGUGGAGAACGGUUGCAAGAGAUGCAGUGCGGAAUUCGACCAGCAGAUGUUUCAUACCAAAUGCAAGAUUCAAAACCACAAGUAAAUAUGAGCAUGAACCAGGAGCCAUUUGCAACUGAUUUCGGAUACAAUUUUUCGUCAAUAAUGAAUGAAUACGAAGCUUCAAAGUACACUUCAGACUAUGGAGGAGGAUUUCCUGAUUUGUUUUGAUAGAGGAUAUUAAGGUGAUGACGUUUUUUUAGAUAGCAUCAUUAUACAUUUUAGACUAGUGUUAAUUUUGACAUAGGGAUGAAUUUAAUUAUCUAAUUAGAUUCUUUUUCAUCUGAGCUGAAUCUUUCUAUAGGAUUUUUAGUUUUUGUUAGAAGGGUUUGGCUCAGCUUGGUACUGGUUCUGAAUUUUGAUUGUAGAAGCCACUUUUCAGUUGCUCAAUAAAAAAGAAACUGUGAAAAAUAUACUUGAAUCUUUUUAAUAGGUCAACUUAAUUGUUGAAUUGUAUAUAAAUAUGAAUGUAUGUUGUUUGA